CUUAGGAUCCAUACACAAUGCGCACGGAACCAUACCAGACAUGGCUCAUCACCGGAGCCUCCUCAGGCCUAGGAAAGGCCAUUGCCGCCGAGGCCCUCAUCGCCAAUCACAGGGUCAUUGGCACGACGCGCGACGUUGAAAAGGCCGAGUCUUCUUAUCCUGAGUUCGCUCCCAAUGGCGGGAUCUGGGUAUGUCUCGAUCCUGCUCAGCAUGAUGCGUAUGAGCGGUUUUCGGAGGUAGCUGUGGAGUAUAAUGUGGAUGUGUUGGUGAAUAGUGCGGGGUAUGCGUUUAUUGGGGCGGUGGAGGAUACAAGUGAAGAAGAAGUCCGCGCCCAGAUGGAAGUCAACUUCUACGGCCCCCUCCGGGCCGCGAGGGCUUGUUUACCGGUGAUGCAUGACAAGGGGUCGGGACAUAUCAUUCUAAUUAGUAGUGGAGCUGGAAUCAUCGCCCGCCCCGCCCGCUCCACCUACGCCGCCAGCAAAUUCGCCAUCGAAGCGGUCUACGAAUCGCUCUCCCAGGAAGUGAAACCCUUCGGCAUCAAAGUAUUAAUCGUCGAGCCCGGUGCAUUCCGCACCCCAUUCCCGGGCCGACAGGUCUUUCCUAGUGGACCUGGAUUGGAGAGGGGAUACAGUAAUGUAUACAAGUAUACGCCGGUUGAGGAGAUGAUGGCGUUAUCAAAGGAUAUGGGCUCGGCGACGAAGUGGAUUAAGGGCGAUCCUGAGAAAGCAGCGAGGGCUCUGGUUGUAGCUGUUGAUAAUGGAUAUGCGGGAUAUGGGUUUUUGAGGAUGCCGUUGGGGAGGGAUUGUGUGAGGGUGUUGGAGGAGAAGAUUGCGGCGUUGCAGGCGGAUUUGGAAGCUACUAGGGAGGUGGCGAUGGGGACUGAUGUUGAUGUUGAUGAGGAGUGA